CUGAUUUCAGGUAGACUGAGGGAACAUCGAGAUGCCGCCGUCUUUGCUGAAUUCUGAAUUUACGGCUGCGAUUUCUGUGGCGUUGGAAGCCAGAAACAGCAAACCACUAACACAUGCGUUCAACCAUCUCCACGGGAAUGAAACAGAGAAGAAGAGCUCCCUGGACCAGGCGUUGCGGGGAUUCCUUCUAUCAGAGAUUAUUAAGCAGUCGGAAUCAGAGGAAUUCCUUGCCUUGAUUUCCCUCAGUAUUGACGGAGUUGUGGAAGGAGUAUGCUCUGCAACGACCCCGUUUCUGUUGCUGGGCGAUGUGCUGGACUCUCUCCCUUUGGCCCAGUGCGACAAAAUCUUCUCAUUCGUGGAGGAAAACGUCUCAACAUGGAAAUCGAGUUCUUUUUACUCUGCUGGGAAGAAUUACCUGCUAAGAAUGUGCAACGAUCUCCUCAGACGGCUCUCCAAGUCACAGAACACGGUUUUCUGUGGACGAAUCCAGCUCUUUCUUGCAAGGCUGUUUCCCCUCUCGGAGAAAUCAGGCCUGAACCUGCAGAGCCAGUUCAAUGUGGACAACGUUACAGUUUUCAAUGAGACCGAGCAGGAGAGCACACUUGGCCAGCAGCACUCUGAGGAGAAGGAGGAUGGCAUGGAUGGAGUGGAGGAGGGGGAGAUGGGAGAUGAGGAUGAACCAGCACCCACAAGCACUUCCGUGCCCAUCGAUUACAACCUCUACAGAAAGUUCUGGACCCUGCAGAACUACUUCAGGGACCCUGUGCAGUGCUACGACAAGUUCUCUUGGAUGACCUUUCUCAAGUAUUCUGACGAGGUUCUGGCCGUGUUGAAGAGCUAUAAGCUGGAUGAUGCCCAGGCCUCCAAACAGAAGCUGAGCGAGCUGAGGACAGCCGGGGGAGACGGGGUCUACUUUACCAAGUUCCUGACCAGCGAGAAGCUGAUGGAUCUGCAGCUGAGCGACAGCAACUUCCGGCGCCACAUCCUCAUGCAAUACCUCAUCCUCUUCCAGUACCUCAAGGGACAGGUCAAGUUCAAAAGCUCCAGCUGUGUUCUGAAUGAUGACCAGUGCACCUGGAUAGAUGAGACCUCCAAACUAGUCUUCCAGCUGAUUCGAGAGACGCCACCAGAGGGAGACAAGUUCGCUGCUAUGGCGGAGCACAUCCUCAACAAGGAAGAGUACUGGAACUCCUGGAAAAACGAGGGAUGCCCCAGUUUUGUGAAGGAGAGGCCCCCAGAGACCAAGCCGACUCGGCCCACAAGGAAGAGGCCCUCACCUAAGGACUUCCUGGGCAAGGCACCUGGCAGCAAGAUCUUCAUGGGAAAUGAUGAACUGACAAGAUUAUGGAACCUCAGCCACGACAACAUGGAAGCCUGCAAGUCUGAUAACCGGGAGUUUGUGCCAUCUCUGGAGGACUUCUUCGAGGAGGCCAUCGAACAAGCCGAUCCAGCCAACAUGGUGGAAGAUGAGUACAAGGUGGUGCGAAACUCCAACUACGGCUGGCGUGCGCUGCGCUUGCUGUCCAGGCGCAGCCCUCACUUCUUCCAGCCAACCAACCAGCAGUUCAAGAACCUGGAGGACUAUCUGGAGAACAUGGUCAUCAAGCUGGCCAAAGAACUGCCCAAGGACCUCCCAUCAGAGGAGAUCAAGACGGGAGAGGAGGACGACGAGGACGAGAGCGGUGACAACCUCCUGAAGGAAAGCAAUGACAGCCCGGACAUGCAGAGCAAGUUGGUGUCCAAUGAACAGAUGGACGAGGUGGCAGCGAAGCUGGGCGACCAAUGGAAGACCCUGGCCACACACCUAGAGGUGAAGGCGAUGGAGCUUCGUGAGAUCGAGGGUGAGAAUGAGGAUGUGGAGACCCAGGCCAAGAUGCUGCUGUUGGCGUGGCAGGACCAGGCGGGUAACCAGGCAACCGUGGAGAGCCUCGUCGCCGCGCUCAACAACGCCGGCUUCGAAUCCAUCGCCGCGGACAUGCUCAGUUCCGACGAGUAACGGAACGGGUAAUGCUAAUGCUAACAUCGCCGUGGCGAAGAAUCGUCUAUUUAGAGUAAGAUACUUCAGGCUCGUACACAGUAAAUGUUGCGGUGUUAAUUCAACACUUAAAGAGUUCAUUUAAGGCCAAAUUAUAUCAUAUCAACUCUCUAAGUGUUAAAUGAACACUGCAGAAUUUACUGUGUACUUUUCCGGGAUCCAUGUGAUGUCAGGUGAACGCCCCUUUAGGAAUUCGGAGACCUUUUGGAGUCUUACAGUUGAGAAUUAAUGGAGUUCCCGUAGCGCUGUAGCUAGCGGUCGCGCAGAGAAGAAGGAGGGGACAGCGCGCCCUUAGGAGUCCAAACUUGAGCACACUCCUUUGCAUUGGGUGGGCGGAGUUUGAAUCAUCUUUCUCUGCUAGACGAUUCUUUGGCGGAGGUGUUCACUUCCGAUGCAUAACGGAACGGCUAACGCUAACCCCGUCACCACGAGUGCAUCCCAAUAUGUGUCCUUGCCUCCUCCACUUGUGCUUGUCUCCUCGUCCCGCCUCCUGGCCCCUCCUCCGUGGAGAAAACGAUAAAGUUUCCCAGCUGUCAGCCUCGCCACAACAACUUUUGAGGGACUGUUUUUCAUUCACCAUCCCAAUUGCAAAUGAGAAAAAGACUUUACAAUUGAGCUUUUGCAAGAUAUUGAAAUAUAAUGCUGUUGUCAGUGAUGUCAUCAUGACGAGAAGCAAGUGGAGGAGGCAAGGUCACAUAUUGGGAUGCACCCCACGUCUUUCACACCAUCACCAAGUGUUCACUUCCGAUGCAUAAUGGCUAAUGUUAGUUAGCAGGAGGGUUUUUUGUUGUUGUUUUUUUAUAUAUAGAGGGCGGGAGGGAGAGAUUAUUUGUAUUAGAUUGCAUUCGUUUUUUUUUGUUUUUUUGUUACCUUCCCUUAAGAUCAGCGACUCAUUUCAAGACCUUGCUCAUAAUUUUGUUUUUGGUAAAUGGAAAAACAAUAAUGCUGUGAUGUCCGUUGUGGUAUUCAAUCUGGCAUGUAUGACGGUGAAUAGCAAAACAAUAAAUUCCGCAACACCAAGCUCCCGUGUCUCUUGUUUAGAAGGUGGGGUUGCAGGUAUGACAUCACGUUGGGGGAACUCCCCCAGGAUUCUAAGGUUCUACAUAGACUCCUAUGAGCCUGCGGAACCCCCAACGUGAUGUCAUAAUAGUACAUUUUCUUAAAAUGAUUAACCUGCAACCCCACCUUUAAUGUGUAACAUGUUGUCUGGAGGCUAUGCGGCCAGAAAGAUUACAAUUUUAAAAGAGAAACGUGAGCUUGGGUGUCGCAGACUUAUUUUUUUUCCACUAUUUUAUUUUAACUUUGCUAGUCCAGCAACUUUGAGAUGGAUGUGUGUGGGUUUUUUUUCUGUUGUUAAACAAUAUGACCGUAUGUUGUAUGACCAAAACCAAAUGCAAAAAAAAGAUGAAUUGAGAAAAGGUUUGAGUCUGAUUUUUGAGCAGCACUGUACAUUUGAAAUGCGUUUCCUGAUUUAAAUAAUGUGUUUUAUAAAAAUGCUUUUUAUUUUAGAAUAAUUGUUUGUUUUUCUGAAAUAAAGGGUUGAGUACCAUGCUCAUUUCUUAA